ACUUAAUUACAUCGCAUGCCCACUUAUGUGGUAGUCCGGUUUCACAUACUUUAACUAGUAAUUAUAAACAAUGUAUCAGUUUAUAGCAACAGUACACUCGCACGUUCCAGUCUAUAAAACACUCAAGUUGUGAGCAAAUUUCAUCAACUAAAAAGACUUGAGACUUGAUUUUGUUGCUGGCUAUUUGAAACAACACAACAGUGAAGAUGCAACAACGAUUGUUAACAAUUGCCAGUGCUCUGUUACUGUGUGCAUGGAGUGCUACAACUGCAGCGUAUGAAUGUGACCCACCCUGCAGUAACGGAGAAUGUACAGCCUACUUGGGGGAGCUCUCAUGCCAGUGUUCUGGUAACUGGUCUGGGCCUGCUUGCGAUGUGUUUGUGUGUGAGCGCUCUAACCCUUGCCUCAGUGAUGGAGUGUGUGCCGUGCAUCCCACCAAUUCCUCCCAGUAUCUCUGCACUUGUCCAAUUGGAUUCUCGGGCAGCCGAUGUCAGUACAAGGUUCCCCAGGGAUCACAAUCAAAUUGUACCCUUGACCUUUGUGGUUCUCACGGUGUGUGUUACGAUACCGUGGGACCUCGUAACGGCUUCCAUUGCGAUUGUCAUGACGGUUACUACGGACUGACUUGUAACUACACGACUAAUCCGUGUGUCAAUGAAGAUUGCAGUGGACAUGGUCAUUGCCGAGUCGUACCUGAUAUAAAUGGCAUUGUAUCCGCGCUGUGUACGUGCAAUGAUUACUAUGGUUUCGCUGGAAAUGUGGUUCAAUGUAACAUACAAACUCGAUGGGAAUGUCUUCCACAAAGCAACCUCUGCCAGAACGGAGGUGAAUGCAGACUGACAGCCACAGCCUACACCUGCACUUGCCCUCCCAACUUCCAAGGCAAACAUUGUGAGCUUCCCUUUGAUGUAUGUUCUACUGGAGAUCGUUGUGGCAACGGUGGGACCUGUCAGCCUGAAGGCCACUACUUCACUUGCUCCUGUCCCCCAAACCACACUGGAGAGACAUGUAAACACUUAAUUGACCCCUGCUUUGACAAAUCUUGCCUCAACAACGGUGUCUGCAUCGUAGAGGGAGACAGAAACUCAGAUGGUUAUUACUCCUUGAAUGCAAGCUCAAGAUGUGAUUGUCCAUGUGGCUACACAGGGGAGCAAUGUGAGACCACUCUAUCUCGAUCAGAUCCUUGCUCCCCCUCUCCGUGUGGUGAUAAUGGAGUGUGCUCUCACACGGACACGGCUCCGUGGUUCUCCUGCAAGUGUUGGAGCGGCUACACUGGGAUGCUGUGUCAAGAGAUUGACUACUGUGCUAAUCUACUUCAAAAGUAUCCCUCGAGUCAUUGCAAAGAAUGUGGGAGUGUUAGAAACUCGUUUCAUUGCCUCUGUGAAGAUGGUUGGGGUGGUCAAUAUUGUGAUAAGGACAUUGAUGAGUGCUUCGAUGAACCCUGUGCUAAAGGACAACAAUGUACUAACAGAAAAGGAUCAUUCAGCUGUGCAUAGAUAUAGUUCAUUUAAUAUUAUUGUCUCACAUUUCAUUAUUUUGUGCACACUUCAUGUUCUACCCAUCACGUGCUGUAAAAAAGUUAUAUUUCGAGGGCGGAAAAUUACAAAGUUGAAAA